CGUGGAUUGUCUGACUCCAGAUCACCGCUACUGUUGUUGUAUCACGACGAGUAACUCAAUGCCACUCCCUCAAUUGACUCUGUGCAAUCCGUCUUUCGCAGCCGCAGCAUGGCACCGAGCCAUCCAGCUCGAUGCUGGCGUGCCCUCCGCCGGAGCUGCUUGUCAGCUCCGCGAUUCUACUCUAGUUAUCAGACCUACAGUCCCCCUCCGUGGAGACCUGUCACCGCAUUGGACAACUGGGUUGAGCGGGACAUUCGUCCCAUUAGUUUACGACAAUUGACCUUUUUUGGGCGGACACUGACCGAGUCCCGCCUCAUCAGCUCGGCCAACUAUGUGCGGACGGAGCUUCCCACUCGGCUUGCACAUCGUCUGCGAGACAUUCAAAGACUCCCCUAUGUGGUAGUUGCGAACCCACAUCUUACGCUUGUAUACGAACUCUACUAUAAAGCCUUUGAACGAUUUCGGGCUAUCCCAGAAAUCAAGACCCUCGAUGACAACGAUCGCUUCUGCGAGAUACUCCGCAAGACCCUCCAGGAGCAUCUGGUGGUGAUCCCAAAAUUGGCUAUGGGGGUGCUGGAAUGUCGCGAGCUUGUGACAUCGGAAGUCUUGGACCAUUUCAUGAACACCCUUCUCAGAGCGAGAAUCUCUCGUCGAGUCAUCGCGGAGCAGCAUCUCGCGUUGACCGAAACGUUCAACUCUCCGUGGCACUUCCCAGACUCCCAUGAUCGCUCCGACCCCAGUGCCGACUUUGUGGGCGAGGUGUUCCUUAAAUGCAAUGCUCAGGAGGUGGUGGAGCGCUGCGGGAAGCUGGUGCAGGAUAUGAUGCGGGAGACCUCGGGAUCAGACAAGAUCCCCGAGGUGACGGUUCAGGGGCAUCUGGAGGCCACCUUUCCGUACAUGCUCAGCCAUCUGGAGUACAUUAUCGGCGAACUACUGCGCAAUUCGAUGCAGGCCGUGAGUGAAAAGUGGCAGGGACGGACGGAGCAGCCACCGCCGAUUGAAGUGCUCAUCUGCGAGGCACCGCAGCAUGUGAUCAUGCGGGUCUCCGACCAAGGGGGAGGUAUUCCUCGCGAGGUGCUGCCGUACCUGUGGUCUUUCAACAAAGGACCCCACAGCAAAUCCCAUCUCCGCAAUCUGGGUAAGGUUCCCGCGAUGGCCGCGACCCUGCAGGAACUCAGCGUGCCGACGGAGAGGAAGCAUGCGGACAAGGAGACCUUCCGAGAGAGUUCCUUGGACACGUUGACCUCGCGGCGGCCUGAUCUACGCCUAGGGAUUGGAUUGCCGAUGAGCCGGGUAUAUGCGGAGUACUGGGCGGGCAGCCUGGAGCUGCAUAGCCUGGAAGGAUACGGGGUAGAUGCAUUUUUGCAGAUUUCGAAGCUGGGCAAUCAGAACGAGCAGGUAACAACCCGGGCAUCGAUCGAUGCUGUAUGAAUAAUAUGCGCGGAGUUUCUGGGGGCAUGGUGUAACCCCUGCAGGGUGAUACAUGGUAUACAAGAGUGUAGAUUUAGCUGCGUUCGUCUAGGUAGUUAGGCAUAGGGCAAAACUUAGUCCGAGUCCAAUUAAUGUUAAACUUACG